AUGGUAGAGCUGCGUAAACGCAAAGCACCUCCUGACCCAGCACCAUCACGACCACCAAUGAAGAAAGCCAACUCUGUCAAGUCAAUUACCUCUAGCAAGAAGGGCGAUUCGUCCGCAAACGGUUCAGCGGCUACGGGUAGGAAAGUGGCUGUGGGUGACACCAUUACGAUCGAUGGUUUUGGUGGAGAGGUCGAGACCAACGAUGGCGAGAAAGUGACAUUGAAGAAACUUGUGGAUGAAAGCAAAUCUGGGGUUGUCCUCUUUACGUAUCCCAAAGCAUCAACACCUGGAUGUACCACUCAGGCGUGCUUAUUUCGAGACGAGUUCACGCCUCUUACAGCAACUGGAUAUUCCAUCUACGGCCUUUCAACAGACUCUCCCAAAUCUAAUACCACGUUCAAGACUAAGCAGAAUCUACCGUACGUUCUGCUCUGCGAUCCGACGGCGACCCUUAUUGGUGCAAUUGGUAUGAAGAAAUCCCCCAGUGGAACCACCCGAGGCGUCUUUGUUGUCAACAAAGACGGGAAAGUUAAAGCAGUUAGUCUAGGUGGUCCUGCUGCUACCGUUGAUGUUGUUCGAGAAAUUGUCGGAGGGGAGGAAGUUGGUGACAGAGUAGAGAAAGUAGCGGAAGGUGAGAAGCUCGAGAAGGAAAUUGAAGAAGGAAGAACGAGUGCUCAGGAGGUCGGGCAGCCACAAACGGCGGAUGGAGACGAAGUCCAAGCUGAGGUCGCAGCAGAAGUUGCAGAUUCUGCACAGAAUCUUGACGGAGGGCUGGUAGAUGUGAAAGCAGUAGUGAAGGCCUUUUUCUUCGCAUCCAUGGCCACAAAUGCUGGAGCCGGAGCAGCGAGGCAACUUCAAUCGGCGAGGACGGCUACGGCGGUUUGGAAGAAGUACACUGUUCAGUCGCAUGGUGUAUGGGAGCGCAUUCGGAGAGCUCUUGCCAUUGACCCGGAAAGGUCGACUGGGAUCCCUCUGAACCCUCAAUAUCGAAACCCUCCUCCAGGCGCCAACCCACCAGAAGCCUAUGAUGACCCAGUCACUGUACCAGCUGGCGACAUUGCAGAGAACGCGUACUACAAACGAGACAUACGCCGCAACUAUCCCCGACUCAGCGUGGUCAAACAGGCAGACGUUGUAGGGUUAUUGUCUGUAGGAAGCAAAGCAAAUCCAAAAGAAGAUGUGUUACAGAUAGGAGACGCAGGAGCGAAGCAAAUGGUGCAGCUGAAGCAAGAAGGAGAGCAAAAGGGACUGUCAGCCUUUUUCGAGAAAGACAAGAAUGUUACAGCAGGUAUCUUCGGACCGGAUGGACUUCCACCUUUCCCCAGUGGCAUGAGCAGAGCAUCUCCAGUGGGAGGAAGGAAAUAUGUCAUGAACGCUGACAGAGAGCAAGGAUAUCCAGAGGAGUAG